AUGUACAAGCUAAGCCCGGACGUAGAAAGGCUAGAACCGCCAUCGAAAGUAUCAUUGAAGCCAGUGUCUCGGCAUUCUGUCAAACUUUGUUUUACCCCUCCGAUUGGCGUGGCUGCUGGCGUUAUUAAGCGGUACAGAGGUAAAUAAAUUAGAACAUCCUUUCAAAACCUAAACUUUUAAAAUUUUAAUAUUUAUGUACGUAUAUUACACCUUAAUUUUUGAAAAUUAUAAAAAAUAGUUAAAAAAUUUUAGUUGAAUGGAGCCACAGUAGUCGUUUCACUCCAGUACUGGGUGAGCACGAAUGUUCUUCUUCUGCCAAAGAAAUAAUUGUUAGAGAUCUUCAACCUCAUACUGAAUACUACUUUCGUAUUGCUUCUGGGACGGCUAUUCGUUUUGGGCCAAACAAGAUUGUCAAUGACGAGAAGUUUGUCAUCAAAGGUAGGUUUUUUACAUUUACCGUUUAAUAAUAGUUUUUAAAAGUAUUUUUAAAAUAGACAACAAAAGGCAGUUAACUUCUGACUGAAGAAGUGGGUUAAAAAUAUCAGCCAAAUUGGCUAUGGUUUGAAUAAAAAUAUGCAUUUCUAGCAAUUUUAGCAACUUUGUUACAGUAUGUUUGUGUAAUAAUAAUGUUGUGAUAAAAUGUUUUAGCGUGGAACGAUGAAAACACUUACACUUCAGUUCUUCGAAGAGCUGAAAACCUACUAGAACAACACAGCAUUUUGAUAACUGAACACAUCAACAAAAUUCUAUGUUAUUGUAAGUAAGAAUUUGAUAUUUGUUUAUUGUAAAAUACGUCAUAUGUAGACAUUCAACACAAUUUUUAUUUUUUUUUGGAAAACUUUUAUUUAACUUGGGCGCUGUUCACAAAAAAAACGUCGUAAAGCAUUUAUAAUGCUUUUAAGAUCUAAAAUAUUUUUAAAAUUUUUAAAGUUUAUUUUUAGUACCGAAUCCAAAUGUAUCAAAUGAAAAAUCAAAAUGGAGUGCAGUGUCCAAAUUUGCAUAUGAAUUGUCAAAGAAAAUCAGUGGACAGAAGUUGAACAAGUGAGUAAAUUUUAUCAAUACACACUUUAGCUCUAGUCUCGUUGUUAGGGGUGAGAAACGGGCCGUCUAGGCCCGGCCUUGAGCUAAAUUGAAAAGGGCCGGGCUUGAAAGUUAGGCCCGGGCUCAAAAAAAUUUUUUAAAUUUUUUAUUUUUAUUCCUGUUGGUGUUUUUCGAUUUUGUUGGGUACUAUGAUAUUUUUAAAAUUUUUUAAAACAAGCCGGGCCGGGCUAGGUCUAGAAAUUUUCUGACCUGGCCAGGCUGGCCUAAGAAACAAAAUAAAAACGGGCCGGACCUAAGCGUUGGGCCCGGGCUUGAGCGAGGCCUAAAAAGUAGGUCGGGUUUGGCCUUUUUCUCAACCCUGCUUGUUGUGCCCUAGUUCUGCUCAAUACCUAGUUCAUUUCUACUCUCACUUUAUCUUAAACUUUCUCUAGCCAUACUCUAGCCUCACCUUAGUAAAUACAAAAAUCUUACUGUUAUCAAAUUCAGAGGUCUUCACAUAAUCCCAAUAGUAAUGAAUGGCCACAAGAUUUUACUAAACAACGACCGAGUGCCACCAAUCUACACCAUUGAAGACAAUGAUAUUAUUAUCUCAAUUGAUGAAUUCAACGAAUUGCUAAGGUGGCUAGUAAUGUUACCGCAACAAAGUCGGUCAAUAAAUGCUUGUCAUUUGCUGCAGAAGAAGUUGACUAAAAACCAAUUGAAUAGGUUUAAACAGAAGACUUUGGCUACGGUAGCUACCUUUUUAGACGAGUUUGGUCUACAACAUGUCGAUUAUUUUCACUAUAAUUACUUUGAGGUAGGAGUGUUUUACAGUGCAGUAAUUUUACUACAAAGCGUAAGUAGAAGGCUUUUCUUUUAAGUUGGAAAAAGGGUGGAAUGGGCUAGUCAUAGUUUGAGUCUUAGUUCUAACGUUGGCCUUAGCCCUGGCUUCAGCCGUAGCCCUAGCGCAGCAGGUAUUCGUCUUAUCACUAAGCAUCUACAACAAUAUAAUUUCAGUUUCCCGACCACUCAAACGCCAAGUUCUUCAUGUGUAUAUGCUCGGAAUAUCAUGCUGAAGUACCAUGGGGUAUGACUCUAAAACCAUACCCGACUAUACUACACGAUUUUAAGGAUAUCAACAGUUUAGAAGCUGAAAUCUGCAAGAAAGUAAUGGAAGUUGUUAGAGACAAACAGAAAUGUGAAAGAAUGAUCAAACCUGGUUUAUACGUGGCGUUGUUGCAGGUAAAUACUAAUUUUUACAAUUAAUUUGAAAUUUUGUGUAAUUUACAAAUUUUAGACGAAAUGUCAAAAAUAUGGUUAUUGAUUUUUGAAAAUUUUUGUAUUGCCAAAGUAAGCUUAAAAAAUGUUUUCCUAAUUUAAUAUUUACAGGUUUUUAAACAAUUUUUUAAAAUUUUUGGGUUUUUAAGUUUUAAACGAAAUGUCACAAAAAUUAUUGAUUUUUUGAGACGUGAUAAUUUUAUUUUUCACGGUUUUUAAAAAUGCAAAAACUGAUACUUUUUACUUGUUUUUUAAAAUUUUGUAUUUCUGUUGGUAUUUUAUAUUUUGACGAAAUGUCAAAAAUGCAAAUUAUUGAUUUUUCAAGCCUUAACUUAAUUUUUUGCAAAAAAAUCUAACUUGAUGAUAAAAAAGUAUUGUAAACGAUUGUUUACUUUAUUUUUUACAUUUUUUUCGUUACUAUUAUCUUUUCAGUUCGUAUCCAGUCGACGUCAAAUGUACAUACUGUCAUCUGACCGUAACCCUUCAUUGCUACCUCACUUUUACGUCAGAGAAAACAAUUUUUUGACAAAACGAGAAUGGGAUCUGUUAAAGCUUGACAAAUCUGAAAUUACCAUUCUUCCAACUCAAGACGAAAUCAAGUUCGCGGAACGCUUCAAUGAAUCUGUCAACGCAUUAUUCAGAGCUGUCGGGUUGGAGUUUGAUGUUGGCUCAUAUCGACUUUGGAACGAACAUGUUUUUGAGCAUAACAAUGUGACUAUGAUCGUGGUAGAGAUUUUUAAAUUUCAAAAAGUAGCCCAGAGCCCUAGUCCAGAGCCUUAGCCCAGAAUCCUAGCCCAGAGCCUUAGACCAGAGCCCUAGCCCAGAACCCUAGCCCAGAGCCCUAGCUCAGAGCCGUAGCCCAGAGCCGUAGUCUAGAGCCCUAGACCAAGGCUCUACCUUAGAAUCCUAGCCCAGAGUCUUAGUCUACAGUCUUAGCGAAGAGCCUUUGCUCAGAGCCCUAGCCCAGAUCCCUAACUCAAAGUCUUAUCCCAGAGCCCUAGCUCAGACGCCUAGCCCAGAACCCUAGACCAGAGCCCUAACUCAAAGUCUUAUCCCAGAGCCCUAGCCCAGAGCCCUAGCCCAGAGCCCUAACUCAAAGUCUCAUCCCAGAGCCCUAGUCCAGCCCUGAGCUUUAGCCCAGAGCCCUAGCCCAUAGUCCUAGCUCAGAGCCCAAGCCCAGAGCUCUAGCCCAGAUCCUUAGCUCAAAGUUCUAGCUCAGACUCCUUGCCUAGAGCCCACGCAUUAGUUUUAGUCUUAGCCAUAUCCCUAGCCCUAGUCGAGAGCCUUUUUCCUAUCUGAAGCUCAGAGUUGAGAGCCUAGAACCUUACUUUUAGCCAUAAUCCUAGUCUUAACUUUGUAUCACUGUUUUACCUCAUUCUAUUAUAUUUUACCAUACCCUCUACUACCUAUAAUAUUUUUCUCAAUACCUAACUUAUUACUACAUGUAUUGUAUCUUAGAUAGUACCAAAGCCAGAAAACCUAUGUCUAUUUGCUCCGGAUCUCAACGGCCAAGAAUUCAAACGUCAAUUGGGUAAACGAUUUAUGAUGCCAAUCAUAUCAUUUCAUCUAGAAUAUCUACGCCAAACCUUUCCUGAACUUGUUAAAGGCUUCACUAAAAUAAAAACAUACAACGACUUACUUGAGCAGGUAACAUAUUUAUUUUUAAAUUGGUCUUUACGGCGUAUAUUAUCAUAAAAACUUUUUGAAAACUGAUUUUUUGAAAUUUUUAAAUUUUUCUUUAACUUUUACUAUGUAAAAUACAACAAUUACAUCAAAAAAUUAUUACUUAUAAUGUGGUGUGUUUAGAUACUACCUUUAUGUUCAACAAAAACAGAGAAGAAGCUUGAAAUAAACCGAGGAAAGGUGUUACAAGAACAUAAGGCCUUGAAUGAAGAGUUUUCAAAUAUAUGGCAAUUGAUUUGUUGGCCCAAUAUGGCCAUAAAACAAUCACGAGAUAAGAACAACAACUUUGGAGUUCAACUUGAUGUCAUCUUCAGGCAUUUUGUGAGUUUUCAAAUUUUUUUUAAGUUUACCCCUCUCUAUACAAAUAUAUUUUCAAAUGUUUUCUUCUUCCCCCCCCCCCACGCUGUAUAAAAAUUUAUUUUAUGAUUUACCCCCCCCUUCUCUGAAUAAAAAUUUACGUUUUUCUACAAGCGUUAACAGUACCUGCCCAAGACUGAUAAAUAACAUUACAGAACUCAGCCAAAGCCAUGGUACUAUCAAGUGUAAGGUUCGGUCAAGAUGGUCGCACCAUAAAAGUUAAAGUAGAUGACAAAAGCUUAUCACAUCUCGGUUUAGAACCCUAUGCCAUAUUGGAAAUCAAUGACAAAACGUGUGUUGAUGAAGUGGUUUCUCUCGUCAUUAACAAUAUUUUUAAGGUAUGUUCGACGUAAAGCAGGGUAGAGUAAAGUCAAAGUAAGUAUGGUAAGGCAGGGUAGAGUGGAACAAAGCCAAGUAGUGUAACAUAAGAUAAGGCUUUAACAAAGGUAAGGUAGCGUAGAGUGAAGUAGGGUCUAGUAGGAUAAGAUAGAGUAGGGUAGGUACUAAACUUUACUGUAUUUUAUUGUACUGUAAUGUACUAGCUUUACACUAUACUAUACUACAAUUUCUGUAGGACAACUACAUAAUGUCCCCGUCAACAUACGACCUUGUUGUACUAGAUGGAGUACGAGAACGGCGAUUCCGUCCAGAAUUCGUACUUGGUGAUCUACGUGAACCCUGGACUCAUGGUCAAUUUGUAAUACGACCACGGGAAUUUACAACGUACUCAAGCUCGAAUAGUACUGACUCCAUGAAAUCGAACAAACGAUGGAAGGUGUUACCUUGUUAG